AUGUGUGAAAUGAUUGGUAAGUAUGGAGUUGGAUACAAACCACAAUCUUAUCAUGAUAUUAGAGAGAAGCUGUUGAAACAAGCUGUGAAGAAAACAUAUGCAAAUCUUGAGGAAUAUAAGGAGGAGUGGAAGAGAACUGGAUGCACAAUUAUGUUUGAUGGCUGGUCGGAUAGAAAAAGACGUUCUAUUUGCAACUUCUUAGUGAAUAGUCCUAAAGGGACGAUUUUUCUUUAUUCACUUGACACUUCAGACAUUUCAAAAACAGCUGAUAAAGUUUUCAAAAUGUUGGAUGAUGUUGUCGAGUUUGUUGGACAAGAAAAUGUUGUUCAAGUUGUCACUGAUAAUGCUGCAAAUUUCAAGGCAGUCGGAGAGUUGUUGAUGCAAAAAAGGGAAAAAUUGUAUUGGACUCCAUGUAUUGAUUUGAUAUUAGAAGAUUUUGACAAGAAUUUGAAGGUCCAUGAAUUGACCAUAAAGAAGGGAAGAAAGAUUACAACUUACAUUUAUGGGAGAUCAAUGUUGAUUUCCUUGUUGAAAAAGUUCACUCAAGGUAGAGACUUGAUAAGACCGGGUGUGACUAGAUUUGCCAUAGCUUAUUUAACUCUUGCUUGUCUUCAUGAAUUGAAGGCAUCAUUGUUGACCAUGUUUAGCUCUGAGGAAUGGAAAACAAGCAAGUUUGGAACUUCACAAGAGGGGAGAAAAGUAGAACAUGUGGUAUUAGAUAGCCGAUUUUGGAAGAAUGUCUCCACAUGCUUGAAAGUUGUUGCCCCUCUUAUGGUUGUCUUAAUAUUAGUGGACUCAGAUGUAAAACCUGCAAUGGGUUUCAUUUAUGAAGAAAUGGAUUGUGCAAAGGAGAAGAUUAAGUCUAACUUUAACAAUAUCAAAAAGAGUUAUGAAGAGGUUUGGAGAAUAAUUGAUGCUCGAUGGGAUAAUCAUAGGCCUUUGCAUACAGUUUCUUAUUAUCUGAACCCACAUUUCCACUAUGAACCUAACUUUAGAUGUGAAGAUGGUGGAGAAGUGAAAGAAGGAUUGUAUAUUUGCAUGAGAAGAUUGAUACCAGAUAUGGCAGAAAGAAAAAAAAUUAAUUUACAAAUUGUUGAAUUUCAUUAUGCUAGAGGACUUUUUGGAAUGGAAGAUGCAAAGGAGUGUAGGAAAGAGUUAAAUCCUGGGGAAUGGUGGGAAAUGUUUGGUGAUGGAACUAUAGAGUUGAAGAGAUUUGCUAUUCGAAUUCUAAGCUUGACUUGUAGUUCUUCUGGAUGUGAGCAUAAUUGGAGCUCAUUUGAAAUGGUUCAUACAAAGAGAAGGAAUCGUUUGCAUAAAAAAAGGAUGAAUGAUUUAGUUUAUGUGAUGUAUAACUCCAAGUUGAAAAGUAGACAAAUUCGAAAAACUAUAGCUCUUCCAUUUGAUGACAUUCAAUCAGAUGAUGAAUGGAUAACUGAAGAGGCAAAUGAUGUUGUUGAGAUUGAGCAAGUUGAAGGUCAAAAUGAUGGUGAAAAGGUUCAGUUAGAUGGAGCAACAACAGAUCCGGCUCUAGAUGCUCUUGAUCUUGAUAACAUAACAUUUGGGGACAAUGAGGAUGCACAACAUUCAUCAGGGGAAGAGUUAAAUGAGGAUGAUGAUGGAGAUGAUGAUGCCAUUAUUAAAGGAUUAGAGGAUUAG